AAGAAAACAUGGCGGCCUUCUACAUGUAACUGAAGUGAAGCGAAAUGAGUGAAGAAGAAGAAUCCAGUGAUGUUCAAGAGGCUCACAGUCAACAGAAAAACACAGAGGAGGAAGCAGAGUCAAGUAUAUCGUUCAACCCCCCGGUCUACCGACAAAGGUAUCAGGUUGUUAGUGAAAUGGUCAAGAAAUACGAGGCAAAGAAGGUUUUAGAUUUUGGCUGUGCUGAAGCAAAACUAUUGAGAGCUCUAAUCAGGAAUGAUACUAUUAAAAUGGAAUGCCUUGUUGGGGUCGACAUUGAUGGAGARCUAUUAAAAGAAAAUGCUAGGAUGAUAGAUCCAUUGCUGUGUGAUUGGCUGAAUAUUAGGGAAACGCCAUUUACUGUCAGUAUGUUUCAGGGAUCAAUCUCUGAAGCAGAUGACAGAUUUUGCGACUUUGAUCUGAUAUCAUGCGUAGAAAUCAUUGAACACCUUAUACCAGAACAUUUAGAAAAGAUGCCUGCAGUAGUCUUUGGUCAGUUGUCACCCAAUGUUGUCAUAGUUACCACUCCUAAUGCUGAUUUCAAUGUUCUGUUUCCAAAUUUGGAAGGAUUCCGUCAUUGGGAUCAUAAAUUUGAAUGGACAAGACAAGAAUUUGAAGAAUGGUCGUCAUGUCAAGCAUCGAAGUAUGGUUACAAAGUAACAUUCCAAGGCAUUGGCGAAGGGCCAGAAGGAACAGACCAUCUUGGUUGUUGUUCUCAAAUGGCCCUGUUUGAAAAGAAAGUAUUAUGUCAAGUUAAAGAAAAGCAGUCAUUUGGGCAACCUUAUCAACUGAUCAAACAAGUGGAAUACCCUCACCGAAAAAGUACCAUUAGUCAGAAACAAAAGAUUAUAUAUGAAGUAGAGAGGCUUCUUUGGUUUCUUUCACAGCCAAAUUCAUACGAGGAGGAAGAGAUAAUUGAAGAUAGUUCUGAUGAUGAAAACAGGACAAAAUCAUAUGAUCUGACACAGUUAUUUGACAUGGGGAGAUUAAAGGAACUUUGUGGGACAAUAGAAAAUCUCAGGUAGAAUUUGUUGCUUAAAACAUACUUGCUGGCGUGUAGAUAAUCCAUCACAAUUGGCUUUUACCUAAACGAGAAGGAGCCUGGGUACUAGUUAUCUAAAUUAACCUAAUUGAAAAAAUGUUCGAAAAUUACAAGGAAAUGUAUGGUUUGGAUGGACAGUGUCCAUUC